UCCUCGGGACGUUGCAGAUUGCGUCAAGUCAUUACCAAACUGGCAAAUGAAUGAAUGCACAUCUGUCAAAAAACAAAAAUGGCAGUUGAUGAGCAAUAAUACAAAAAUUUUCACAGUUUUAAAACAACACCAGCUCGUUAUUCCUCGAUUAAUAAGUCACUUUCGAUUUUAAUGACGUUUUGUGAUGAACGGGAUGCUACCGUCAUUCACCCCACCAGUGGUUAAACGCCUCCUGGGCUGGAAAAAAGGUACAGACGCUGACGAUAAAUGGUCGGAGAAGGCAGUGAAAAGUUUGGUGAAAAAAUUGAAAAAAUCUGGAGCGCUAGAAGAACUCGAACGCGCAAUUUCCUCGCAAAAUCACAACAGCAAGUGUGUUACGAUUCCUAGGGCACGUCCCAAUGCUGAAAUAGGCAAUCUGCAACAACAACGCAAGGGUCUACCUCAUGUUAUUUACUGUCGCUUAUGGAGAUGGCCUGAGUUGCAGUCCCACCAUGAGCUGAGAUCUCUCGAUCAUUGCGAAUACGCCUACACUUUGAAAAAAGAUGAAGUCUGCAUCAACCCUUAUCACUACACCAGAAUUGAAAGUCCAGCGUUACCUCCAAUCCUAGUACCUCGUCAUUCUUUGAGCGAUGAAAAUAAUUUAUUUCCCCAUUCUCUCGAGGAUUUGAGCAUUUCUGUGCCGGAGAAUACUUCUUUUCCUCAUAACACCAAUCCCCUGGGUUUACAUUUACAACAUACGGGAAGUUACAUGGAUACUGUUGGAAUAUGCCCAAACGGUACCUCUACAAAUAUGGAAUCGCCUCAUAGCAUAGCACCCCCGACAGAAACGCCUCCUCCUGGUUAUAUGUCGGAAGACGGGGACCCCAUAGAUCCUAAUGACAAUAUGAGUAUUUCGAGAAUAACUCCAAGUCCCCCGGUAGAUGCCCAGCCUGUCCUGUAUUGCGAGCCGACAUUCUGGUGUAGCAUCAGCUACUACGAACUGAACACGAGGGUAGGAGAAACUUUCCACGCCAGCCAGCCUUCAAUUACAGUGGACGGUUUUACUGAUCCCAGUAACGCAGAAAGGUAUUCAGCAGUUUUCCUUCUGCUGUGUGAAAUGGGUCUUGAACUUGUAAACGAAUGAAUAAAUAAAUAAAUAAAUCUAGCAUUGUAUGUUUAUUAUACAGGUGGAGAAGUUUUUGCGGAAUGUUUGAGUGACUCGAGUAUUUUUGUGCAGUCUCCCAAUUGCAAUCAAAGAUAUGGUUGGCAUCCUGCUACAGUUUGCAAAAUACCUCCAGGUUGUAACCUGAAAAUAUUCAACAAUCAAGAAUUCGCAGCUCUCCUUUCGCAAUCUGUCAGCCAAGGUUUUGAGGCCGUUUACCAACUAACGAGAAUGUGUACCAUAAGGAUGUCGUUUGUCAAAGGAUGGGGAGCCGAGUACAGGAGACAAACAGUCACUUCGACACCAUCCUGGAUAGAAUUACAUCUUAAUGGUCCUCUUCAGUGGUUGGACCGCGUCUUGACCCAGAUGGGUUCGCCCAGAUUACCGUGUAGCUCCAUGUCGUAACUUCCUUCGGUCCCUAAAGAGUUCAACACAUUGUGUAUGUAUCCUUUUGUACGUACUAGACUUUUCGAUAUUACUGUCGAAUUUGAGAGAAUAAUUUUUUUUGUUGUUUUCAUUUGUGUUUCAAGCAAUAUUUCUGGAAACCUUGGUACACGGCUCAAAGUGUGAGAAAUGGAAGUUUAUUAGGUACCAAAUAUUACAUAUAAUAUACUAGAAAAAACUUUUUUCAGGGCAGGUCUCUAAAAUAUUACAAUAAUGACAGAUAUAACAAAAAUUUAUGGUGAAUAUUACUGAAUUGAAACAGGAGAAAAAAAAAGCAAAUAAAAUCGAACAACCCUCCAUAAAACAAAACCACAAUACUAAUUUGAAAUUAUUCAAAAGAUAUUUACUCCUCAAUGUUCAAAUACUUAUUCAAUACCAUAAUUUUUUUCAUUGUGAUGCAGUUUGGAACCUUUGGUGUAGUAAUCAAUAUUACUGGAGUUUUUCCCAACACCAAACCGUUAUUUUAACACCUCAGCAUGUGUUUCGAUCAUCAAGUGAUCAUCUUUAAGAGGUAUUGAAUAAGUAUUUGAACAUUGAGGAGUAAAUAUCUUUUGAUUAAUUUCAAAUUAGUGUUGUGGUUUUGUUUUAUGGAGGGUUGUUCUAUUUUAUUUGCUUUUUUUUUUCUCCUGUUUCAAUUCCUCCAUAUAUCUUCAUAAAGUUAUUAUGAAUGUUGACUAGAUUUGAAUUUCCUGCCAAGUCAAAUGUCAUUUAGUUACGACAUUUGACACGAAGGUUAGCCAACAAAUCGUCAAGAAAUUUCAGAAAAUUAUGCAUAUAUAUCGAAAGACUUUGGUUUCACAGGUUGUGUAUCAGGGAUUUUGUUUAUCUUUGAGAGAUGAUUUCGAGUCUUAAGGGUAUAAAGUGUACAACGUUUUUUACUAUAGUUACUAAUAGUAAGUUGAGAGUUACAGAUUUUAUUUUCGAAUUAGAAGUUAUAUGAUUAUUGAAAUAUGCAGAUUGUUCUAUUUCGGAAGGUUUUCUGUUGUCCUUAGUGCAUAGCAGCUUUUAUCACUGAUGGAUUUUUUUGUUGACAUGUACAGGGUGUUUCACGCUGCUUUUAAAUAAGAACACGUUUGCUUGCUGGACAGAAAUUGCAUUAACGACAACAGACUAAAAAUGACGUUAUAUUAUACCAUUGUUUUAUUAGUUUUUCAAAUUUUUACCUGUGUGAUAUGUCGUCUUGCACUUCAUUGUGAAUUAAUGACGGUUGUUUUUCUUUAUUUAAGUGCAUUUUUAACAUUUAGGGUUAUGUAUUAUAAUCGGUUCGCGUUGAGUUCAUUAUUUGUAUUAUAUACAUAUUUUGAUUAUUGUAUAAACAUAGUUUUUAUUGAGGCAAACUACCAAAUUGAAUGUAUUUCACUUUCAAAAAUAUAUAGCCGUUAAUUUAUUCUUGA